CUACGAACCAAUCUACGUAGUGUGCAGUGAACGCAGGAGGCAACUUGAUCUACCAUACCACCCAUACAAGCCAUCCAUGCCAUACCUUGGCAGCUCGGACCUUGCCAGCCAGCUUCCCAGCUUUUUUCCUCAACACCUUACCUACUUAUAUCACCAAGACCGUUCCUCUCGCUCAGUUGCCGCAGCCUUCUUGGAAACUCUUGACCCUCAACACCCUUACCUCCAGAAUCACCUACUCGCUUGCUUAAGUAUUCUUACUUCAACCAAGAGUACACAGGACCGCAUUGCGAAAGGCUUUGACAUCAACGGUCCCGACGAGCCUGUCUCUGUCUCAGUGCGCCACUCAUCACUAACAGUGACUGGGAAACACCGUUCUUUCCGGCACUCGCCCACAACCUACCGGUCCGGCACUUCAUCAACAAUACCACUGCAAACAUGGCCAGUCUUAUCGCCAAGUGGGUCAGCAAGAAGAUUCUUGCUGAGAGGGUUGAAAACAAAUUUGGCCGCGAGGACCCUUAUUUUGAAAGCGUCCCCGCCACCAGACUUGAUGGUUCCCCCAACGGCAAGGUCAAGAAGCGCAGAAAGGCCUUGCCGCCUGGCCUCUCCAAGCAAGACGGCGAGGUCUUGACCAAAGUCAAGAGAAGAGCCUACCGUCUCGAUCAGUCGCUUUUCAGUUGCUGUGGUGUUAAAUUUGGAUGGGGUAGCGUCAUCGGCUUGGUUCCUGCUGUUGGUGAUGUUCUCGAUGCUUUCAUGGCCAUGAUGGUGUUCAGAACCUGCUCUAAGGUCGAAGGUGGACUCCCAAACUCGGUCAAAUCUCAGAUGAUGUUCAACAUCAUUAUCGAUUUCGUCAUUGGCCUGGUCCCAUUCGUGGGCGACAUUGCCGAUGCUGCUUUCCGCGCCAACACCAAGAACGCCAUUCUCCUCGAGGAGCAUCUGCGCGAAAAGGGAAGAAAGAAUAUGAAGCGCAGCGGAACACCCAUUCCCGCAAUCGAUCCGAGUGAGGCAGAUGAAUGGGAUCGCUUGCAAGGCGACCGCACCCCGCCCGAGUACGUCAGCCGUGAGCCUUCUCGCAAUGGACACAUGUCAGCAAGUCGCCAUGAACGUGCUCCGACUGCUCCAGCCGCCGCUGCAGUUAGAGAGGAGCGCUCUGGCGGUCGAGGCUGGUUUGGCUUUGGAGGUCGCUCGAGGGUUGACGACGAUGUUGAGGCGGCUCGUGAUCCCAGGGACAGACCCGCUCGUCAAUCGCGUCGUUAGACUACCGGCUGCUCGAGGAAUUCUCUCACAAGAGGAAGAGUCGAGGGUCAGAAUUGGCGAUGAAGACAAAUGGGUAACUCGUCGAAAUUCGCGGUGGCUGGGAAGCACGCCCAGCGUUUGCGUGUACCUGAUGGAUGGUCAAACUUCGAUAGACUCUUGGUCUAUCUGGCUCUAGAUGCUUAUUUUAUGAGGACUUGGACGACGAAGAUGAACAUGACACGAUACCUUUUCUUUUACAUACCCACGCUGCUUUAGUUGCACUGUCAGAAGCUUAAUACAGUUCACAAGAAAAUCAAGGUCUCGCAAAA